GACUCUGGGACUGGUGGAGGCGCUCCGGGUCCUGUCUCUGCAGCUGCGCCAGCACAGCUCCGCGCGGACCAGGCGUGCACAGCGGCAUUGCUCCUUUCUCUUUUCCUCCCUUGAGUCCUUCUGAGAUGACGGCUCUGGGCACAGCGGGUGCUGCCCGGGUCUUGGUCGCCCUGGUGGCUGCGGCUCUUUGCGGUCACCCUCUGCUGGGAGUGAGCGCCACCUUGAACUUCGUCCUCAAUUCCAACGCCAUCAAGAACACCCCGCAGAUGAGCGGCGCUGCCGGGCACCCAGGCUCCGCAGUCAGCGCGGCUCCCGGGAUUCCGUUUGAGGGAGUCAACAAGCACCACGACAAACACCAGCCAUACCCGUGCGCUGAGGACGCGGAGUGCAGCACGGACGAGUACUGCGCCAGUCCCACCCGCGGAGCCGGCGCGCAGAUCUGCCAAGCCUGUCGGAAGCUGCGGAAACGCUGCACGCGUCACGCGAUGUGCUGCCCUGGGAAUCACUGCAAAAACGGGAUAUGCAUGCCUUCUGAUCAAAAUCAUUUCCAUCGAGGGGAAAUCGAGGAAACCAUUAUUGAAAGCUUUGGUAAUGAACACAGUACCUUGGAUGGGUACUCGAGAAGAACUACACUGUCUUCAAGAACGUAUCAUACCAAAGCACAAGAAGGUACUGUCUGUCUGCGCUCAUCAGACUGCGCUGCAGGGUUGUGUUGUGCUAGACAUUUCUGGUCCAAGAUCUGUAAACCUGUUCUCAAGGAAGGUCAAGUGUGCACCAAGCACAGGAGAAAAGGCUCCCAUGGGCUGGAGAUAUUCCAGCGUUGUUACUGUGGAGAAGGUCUGUCUUGCCGGAUGCAGAAAGAUCACCAUCAAGCCAGUAAUUCUUCCAGGCUUCACACCUGUCAGAGACACUAAGCCAGC